GAAGGAAGAGCAGACUAUUUUUGCCUUGCGAAUUCCAGAUGGAAUUGCGUGACAUAAAGGGCUUUUUUUAUAUGCAACUGUUGUUUACAAUUUUUUCCUUUCUCUGCAGAAUCAAGUAAAACCAGUCAAACCUAGUUUAGGGACUGGACCUAUUCAUCGAGACUACAAAAAAAAAACCGGUUUAAGUCUUUGAAACAAUCCAAACAACCAUAUCAACUCGCCCCAAACGAAAGCGUUAUUUAGUUAUCUGCGUAUCGUGCAGUUAUAGUCUUAAGUUGAAGAUUUUCACAAUGCCAAAGCGAGGAAUAUUGGAACGCCUAGACGCUGGCGAGGUUGUGGUUGGAGAUGGUGGGUUUUUGUUCUGCAUGGAAAAGCGAGGCUACGUGAAAGCCGGAGUGUGGACCCCUGAAGUGACAGUGGAACAUCCUGAGGCUGUACGACAACUGCAUCGUGAGUUUCUUCGCGCAGGCGCUGAUGUUAUGCAGACUUUCACAUUCUACGCCAGCGAUGACAAGCUUCAAAAUCGUGGUAAUACAGCUUCCGAGAAAAUUGGAUGCGAGCUCAUCAACCAGGCUGCGUGUGAUCUCGCGCGCGAGGUAGCUAACGAGGGUGACGCCCUCGUAGCAGGAAACUUUUGUCAAACGCCCUCCUACAUGUCAGGACUUGGAAAAGAGUUUGUUCAGAAGGAAUUCAAGAAACAGGUCGACGUGUUUGUGAAGAAUGACGUGGAUUUCUUACUUGGAGAGCUGUUUAUGUACGUGGAGGAGGCAGAAUGGGCGAUUGAAGUAAUGAAAGCCACAGGCCUGACAGUUGCCAUGUGCCUUAACAUCUGUUCAGCUGGUGAUUUUGAAGGCGUGUCUGUUGAGGAAUGUGCUGUUAGAAUUGCUAAAGCAGGCGCUGACAUCAUAGGCGUCAACUGUUUUUAUGACCCGGAUGUGUGUUUGAAAACUAUGAAGGCCAUGAAAGAGGCGCUGGAAAAGGCUGGAUUGAAACGUCAUUUGAUCGUUCAGCCCGUGGGAUACCGAACUCCGGAAUGCCUGGAUCAUAACAACCCCGCCAGUAAAAUUGGAAUGACGGGACUGGAAGAGUUUCCUUUUGCUUUAGAAAGCCGUUUGCUCAAUCGGUUUGACGUACAAAGGUAUGCUCGAGAAGCUUACGACAUGGGCAUUCGAUACAUUGGUGCAUGCUGUGGAAUGGAGCCUUACCACGUCCGAGCCAUCGCUGAAGAGCUUGCGAAAGAGCGAGGUAAAUUGCCUCCUGCCAGCGAGAAGCACAGCUUGUGGGGAGAUGCCCUCCGGCAGCAUACUUACCCGUGGGUUAGGGCAAGGGCUCGUCGAUCGCAUUGGGAAAACCUUCAGCCCACAAGUGGUCGUCCCUUCAGCGGUGCCAUGCGUGAAUUAGUUUCUCAGUGGGGAGACCUCACUCUGAAUAACAAGGCCAUGGUCCAGAAGAAGACUUUGACCACGGAUGAAGAAGUGCAGGAGCUGGCUGCGAAACGCGCGGAAACUAAAUAGAACUGCAAUGGCCUAUUUACAAAGGGCCUGGUCGAAUCUCAGUUAUUGUUUAAAAUUUUAGUGAAUUUUUUCCUCGGGGAUGCUCGUCGUCUCCCUUAGGAGUAUAAAUCAAGGAUUCUGGUCUCACUUAAGGUGUUCAAGACGAAACGCCAUCAUCUUUAGCUGUCAAAGUAUCUUUUAGAGUUGCACUGGAAGAAAUAAUACUGAGCCGCUGUCAAGUCCUUCGUAAAGUGGUAUCUUUUAGGGGUCAAAUAAAGCUCGAACCACGCCCCAGAUUGGUCUCCUUUAGGGAUUUAAUUCAAAUCUUCCGACGAGCACCCCCGACCUUUUCACAUGGGACCCCCCUCUCCGAGAUUUUUCUCAACUAUCAGUAAACUUGGCAAAUCUCGUGUCUCGGUCAAUUGACACUAUAUUUUUGAAAGGGUAUAAAAAGGCAUAAUUUGUGGGGAUUAUGUAGUCUAGUGUUAAACUACGAUAGCUUUUGUUGAAGUUGUCAUUCUUUAGGAUACUUUCCAGAUUCUGUGUAAAACAAUCUUGGGCAUAAAUUUUGUCAAAAAGUCCAUUUAAAUUUGUACAAUAAAAAACAAACAAACAAACCAACCAAAA